AUCUUGGCAGUGCUUCGUUUUGAAAAUAAAAUAAAAAAAAAUAUUUGGGCUUUUUACUCUUUUCUUUUUGCUCAGUGGAAUUCAUUGGAUCUAUCAGAGAGUUCAACAAGUUGCAGUCCACCUCUUGAACCAUGCAUUUGACACAAGCAGAUACAGAUGUAUAACCCAGAAAGACCCAUGUCUGAAAAUUCACUUUUUUCUUCAACCUCACCAGAAGAAAACCCAGAGGUGAAUUUUAAGUUCUUGGAGUAGACCAUGGAAACCAGGGGCUUCUUUCAUUUCCUGGCAUUCAUGUGCUUGUCUGUUCACCUUCUAUCUGAAACAUGUUUGGCUAGUAUUCAAAGAAUUGGCAAGAUUGAUCCUGGGUUUGAAGCAUCUCAGAUGUUGUAUAUUGAUAAUGAUGGAAAAUUUAUUUUAUCCCAGAACAAGACAUUUGCUUUUGGCUUUGUCACUACCGAAGAAGAUGUCACAUUGUUCCUACUAGUAAUCAUCCACUUGCCGAGUAGAAAAAUUGUGUGGACUGCAAAUAGAGGUUCUCCAGUUGCAAACUCUGACAAAUUUGUGUUCGAUGAAAAGGGUAAUGCGUUCUUACAAAAAGGAGACCAUCUGGUUUGGUCAACAGAAACCGGGGGCAAAGGAAUUACUGCAAUGGAAUUGCAGGAAUCAGGGAAUUUGGUUUUGCUUGGGAAUGGAAGCAAAGUAAUUUGGCAGAGUUUUGACCAUCCCACGAAUACCCUAUUACCAAACCAAGAUUUUGUCCAAGGGCUGAGACUUGUAAGCGAUCCUAGCUCCAAUAACUGGACUUAUAUUCUUGAGAUCAAGUCCGGCGACGUUAUACUUUCUGCCGGUUUUCAAAAUCCACAGCCUUAUUGGUCUUUGCGGCAGGACAGCAGAAAUACCGUCAACAAAGAUAGUGGCGUGGUAGCUGUGGCAUCUCUCAAUGCAAAUUCAUGGAGGUUCUAUGAUCAAAACAAAGUAUCGUUGCUGUCGCAGUUUACUUUUUCAGGCAACACUGACCCAAAUGCCACUUGGAUUGCAGUCUUAGGAAAUGAUGGAUUUAUCUCUUUCUACAACCUCGAAGAUGGACAAUCAAGUGUUGCUUCAUCAACAAAAAUACCAAGCGACCGAUGCAGCACCCCGGAGCCUUGUGGUGAAUAUUACAUAUGCGGCAGUAACAACAUAUGCCAAUGCCCUUCAGUUCUUACCUCCAACCCAAAUUGCAACCCAGGGAUUGUCUCUCCAUGUCCCUCGAAUGGAUCUAUGGCGCUUGUGAAUGCUGGGGAUGGGCUCAAUUAUUUUGCACUUGGGUUCCUUCCACCCUCUUCUAAAUCUGAUUUGGAGGGUUGCAAAGCCUCCUGUAAGGGUAACUGCUCAUGCCUUGCUUUGUUCUUCCAAAACAGUACAGGAAAUUGCUUUCUGUUUGACCGGAUAGGUAGCUUCCAAAACUCUGAUAAUGGCUCUGGCUUUGAUUCAUACAUUAAGGUCUUGACUGAUGGAAGCAGGGGAGCAAGUCCUGGAGGGGAUGGAAGCAGCCAAAAACGAUUCCCAUAUGUUGUGGUGAUUAUAGCUAUUUCAACGGUACUUGUUAUCGCCGUUUUACUAUUUGCGGGAUUCCGAUACUACAGAAAAAAGAGAAGAUUGCUUGAAUCUCCCCUCGAGACUUCAGAGGAGGAUAAUUUCUUGGAGAACUUAUCUGGGAUGCCAAUCCGUUUUAGUUAUACACAUCUUCAAACUGCGACUAAUAAUUUCUCUGUUAAGCUUGGGCAAGGAGGUUUUGGCUCGGUUUACCAAGGGAUUCUCCCUGAUGGAACUCGGGUGGCUGUGAAGAAGUUAGAAGGCAUUGGACAAGGAAAGAAAGAGUUUCGAGCAGAAGUUAGCAUCAUUGGCAGCAUCCAUCAUCUCCACUUGGUCAGGAUCAAAGGCUUCUGCGCCGAAGGAACUCAUCGGCUUCUUGCUUACGAAUUCAUGGCAAAUGGGUCUUUAGAUAAAUGGAUAUUUAAGAAAAACAAGGAUGAGUUCCUGUUGGAUUGGGACACCAGAUUCAAUAUUGCCUUGGGAACAGCAAAGGGACUAGCUUACCUCCAUGAAGAUUGUGAUGCCAAGAUUGUCCACUGUGAUAUAAAACCUGAAAAUGUGCUUCUUGAUGAUAAGUUCCAUGCCAAAGUCUCAGAUUUUGGUUUAGCUAAGCUGAUGACUCGAGAGCAAAGCCAUGUUUUCACAACGCUAAGAGGCACCAGAGGGUACCUUGCACCAGAGUGGAUCACAAACUACGCUAUAUCAGAGAAGAGUGAUGUUUAUAGCUAUGGGAUGGUGCUGUUGGAGAUCAUUGGUGGAAGAAAGAACUUUGAUCCAAUAGAAACUUCAGAGAAAUCCCAUUUCCCAUCCUAUGCUUUUAAGAUGUUGGAAGAAGGGAAACUGAGAGACAUCCUCGAUUCAAAGCUGACCAUAGAUAUUGAAAACGAUGAGAGAGUUUUUACUGCUAUUAAGGUUGCAUUGUGGUGCGUACAAGAAGAUAUGCAUCUCAGGCCGCCAAUGACUAAAGUCGUCCAAAUGCUUGAAGGUCUCUGCGCUGUUCCUCAGCCUCCAACUUCCUCUCCACUGGGUGCUCGCCUGUAUACGAAUAUCUUCAGAUCAACCAGUGAGGAAGGCACUUCCUCAGGACCGUCGGACUGGAAUAGUGAUGCCUAUCUUUCUGCUGUGCGGCUUUCUGGCCCAAGAUAACAGUUACUGAAGAUGAGUUCAGCCAUAUAUUAUUUUCCAUAUCUUUUAUAUUCUUGUACAUUUUGUCAGAAUACUCGAUAUUUGUGAUACUAGCCAUUGCCAUGCGCUCCUGCCUGCUUUGUAAAUGAAGAGUCUUUGAUUAUGAUUAAAAACAGUGCAAAAUCAAGAGAUUUUAUCCCA